CUGACGUCACACACUUCAAGAUACUACACAGUCUGCGCUCCUGACUACAACAGUGUAGUCGUAGCGGUUUAGUGCCAGACAACGUCUUUCAAGCCGAGGAGACAACUCCAUUCGCCUGUUCUGAUUGGAAUAUACACUUUAUUCAAGGUUCUCAAACACAAUGAUGGCGUUAACCACCACUCAUUUGUAUCCUGGAAACUGGAUAGAGUUGUCUCACAACGACUCAUCGCCAGGCAACGGGACAGAUGACUAUGACGACUACGUUGACGAGCACGCAGAGCUCCGGCAGUCCCUCAACAUCAUGUCCCUCAUCGUUUACUGCCUGGCCUUCGUGCUGGGGGUUCUGGGAAAUGGACUUGUCAUCUGGGUGACGGGAUUCAAGAUGAAGAAGACAGUCAACACGGUGUGGUUCCUCAACCUGGCUGUGGCCGACUUCCUCUUCACAGCAUUCCUGCCUCUGAGCGUGACCUACACGGCCAUGGACUUUCACUGGCCCUUUGGCAAGUUCAUGUGCAAGCUCAACUCCACGAUCAGCUUCCUGAACAUGUUCGCCAGUGUCUACAUCCUGGUGGUCAUCAGUGUGGACAGGUGUGUGUCCGUGGUGCGCCCUGUCUGGGCCCAGAACCAUCGGAACAUACGCAAGGCAUCCUGUAUCAGUCUGGGUGUCUGGCUGUGGGCCCUGGUCCUCAGCUCCCCCUACUUUGUCUUCAGGGACAUCGGGGCGUCCUUCAAGAACGAAGAAAUCAUCAACUGCUUCAACAACUUUGGUUUCUCCGAUGACUACGACACAAAGGAGGUGGCAGAGCUGCGAGUGUUCCGUCAUCAGGCCAUGGUCAUCACCCGCUUCCUGCUGGGCUUCGUGGUGCCAUUCGCCAUCAUCGUCACCUGCUACGCCGUCAUCAUCCACCGGCUCAAGAGGAACCGCAACCUAGCCAGCCACUCCGGGCGGCCAUUCAAGAUCAUCGCCGCCGUCAUCACAGCUUUCUUCCUGUGCUGGGCCCCCAACCACAUCAUGGCCCUGAUCGAGAUGGUGAACAGCGCGGCCGCUGAGUUCAGCUACAGGUUAGAUCACGUCACCACCAUCGGGGUCCCCAUAGCCACCAGCCUGGCUUUCCUCAACAGCUGUCUGAACCCCCUGCUGUAUGUGUUCAUGGGCCAGGACUUCAAGGAUAAGCUGCGCAAGUCCAUUCUGACGGUUCUGGAGAGUGCCUUCACUGAGGAAGUGUCAAGGUCCAACCACACCUACACAAACUCUGGACUUACAAGCCGUAGCAAGGAGAAGUCCUAUUCUGAUGCUGAGGUAUAAGGUCUUAUAUCAUAAUGAGAAAAACGUUAUUGACCACACAAUGUGGAAAUUUGACUUUGGCUUUACGAUAACAUGAUUGACAUCAUUUAAAGCAAAGAAAAUACAAACAUUAGAAGCUCAAGACUUAGUUUAAGGGAAUGUUUAAGGCCGGAUUUUAGAAUUUGAACGUACAGUGGCUUGCGAAUGUAUUCACCCCCCCUUGGCAUUUUUCCUAUUUUGUUGCCUUACAACCUGGAAU